AUGCUCGAGACCGACGGAGCGCGGAUCAAGGCCAUGAGGAGCGCGCCCUCGAUGAAGCUCGAAGCGAUACAUCCCGCGAUGGACAACGACCAGGAACACGACGAGAAGGAGGUCGACGACGACGAGCAUGACGAUGCGAGGGAGGAGGAUGCCUGUCCGAGCCCGAGUCGAGAGAACGUAUAUGGAAGCGACGACGAAGACAAGCCCGACGAUGACGUUGAACAGGUCGAGGAGGACGAUGUUGGCGCCCACGACGACGACGACGACGAAGAGAUGGGCCGCGUCUCCUUCAAGCAGCGGCUCUGGGAGUACCUCGUGCGCAACGUCAAUAGCGCGGUUGACGAGCUCUACUGCAUGUGCGAGCUCGAGAGCAUCCCGUCUCGCUGUGAAGACGCGGCGCGGGUCCUCCAAGCCUGCCAAGAUGACUUUAUCAAGCUCCUCGAGCUCAUUCAGAUGCAGACCAAGAGCUCGACCCAAAAGUCGCUGGCAUGGGAAGUCAAGAAAGGCUCCAACGCAGACAAGCCCACAGUCGCCAAGGCGCUCGAGCACAUGGCAAAAGUGUACCCGCGGUCGACGCCCAAGUCGACGCACCACCACCAUCGUCGCAACAGUACGUCGUCCAACGGGUCCGACCAGCGCUCUAAAGCCAAGCCCCGGCCCGUCCCAGCGCCCGCAUCGUCGCCAAAGUUCCAGCCCAAGCUCAGCUUGCCACGCAAGCCAAAGCGGUCGCCGUCCGAGACAAAGCUUCUCUCGGAGCAGCGGCUCGACACUGUCACGGCCAACAAGCACGCGAUCGAGUCGGCGCGGUUGUCGCGCAUUCGACUGGCGGCCGAGCGCAUGCAGCACGUCACGUCGCGCAAUGCUUCGUCGCGCAAGAAACAAGAGCAACUCAUGUGGGCGAAACUGGACCGCGCGGAUCGGCUCAAGGAAGCCCAUUUGCGCUGGAUCGUCACAAAAGCCGGAUCGGAAAACACCAAAGUCGACGAAAUCAACUUUAUACAAAGCAUGAUCCACCAAGACCGCAAGAUCGAACUGCAACAACGCCUCGACCACGUGGCCUCGCGCCGCGAGACGGUUCUGGAUGAAAUCAAAAAGAAGGCAAGUCUCAAGGCCGAGAGCAUCCGAGCGCUGGCCAAAGCCAAGGAAGCGUCGCUGAAUCAAAAGAUCCACGACAUUCAGCGACGCCACGAAGGUGUCCAAGCGCGCCGGCUCUCGUACCAGCAAGCCAAAAAGCCGCGGCGUCCUCGAAGCUCGCACCCGCAAGAGAAGAUGGCGCAGCACUUGCUCUCGCUCGAGACGAGCAUGGCGCGAACGAUGAACAAAAAUGCUCAGCGCCUACGCGACCGCAUGAAGGCACACACAAAGCAUGGGUUCCAAGGUCCCGUGCCGGCGCACGCACCAACGCUCGCCGCGCAAGUCGAAGGUCUCGUGCAAUGCCUGUCAUCGCCGAGUGACGUGGACCAGGCACUGGGAGACGUCUCGCGGUUCCUGCAGGCGACAACCGACGGCGACGCAGCGCUUCACCUCUUUCGCAAACUGCGCGGCCUGACGCUGACGGUCCGCGCGCUGACCCACGCACAGCGCAGCGGCAACGUCGAGACGAUGGUCAAUGCGCUCCGCGUGCUUUUGCUCGUGUGCGGCGGCCAGCGCACGAACGUCGAGUGCCUUCUGGCCGAGAACCUCGUCUUGCCGCUUGUCGACGUCUUGCGUUGGGGCUUGACCGUGACCGACGACAACGGCCGCCACACGGUGCUGCUUUGGGCGUUUCCUGCGGUCGCCAUGACGCUCGUGAGCCCGUCGUCGCCCAAGAUGGACAUGGUGCGCCAAGACAUUAUCCGGUACAUUGUCAAUUCGGGCAUUCUGUUUCGCAUCGUCGACAAGCUGGCCCAAGUGCCCAUCCCACCGGCCGAGGGCGACGAGAGCUUCCGGUUGCUCGUGUCGUGCGUGCACUUUCUCGCUGCGCUUACAACGACGUGCACCAAGACGCUUGUGGUGUCGAUGGCCGACCUCCGACUGCCGCUCGUCAAGAUCCUCAAGAGCACGGGGCUGGUCGGGAUCGUCGCCGCGCUCGUGAGCUGGUUUCCGCUCCAGCUCUUCCACGACUGCCACGAGAGCAGCGUCACGCCGAGCAGCGUCGCCUUUGCGACCCUCGUGCUUCACGUGCUCAACAACAUUGCGCGUCUCGACCUCGUUUGGUUCCAAGACACCCUCGGGUCGCCGCUCAACCAACCGACGUUUCUCCAUCUGGUCGCGAGCGUCCUCAACAAGCACCAAACGGACCGGUGCCUCGACGACCUCGUCGUGCAAAUCGUCGUGCUGCUUGGACACUAUGCGCUGCGCCACGCAUCCCACCAAGAAACGCUGCGCUGGGGCCACGUGAGCAUGAUCCAGCGCCUCACCAACCUGCCGUUUGCCUUCUUUUGCGAACCCCGGUUCAAGGACGCGCUGUUCCCGACGCUGAUUGCCAUUUGCGACGGUGAGGCCGACAACAGCGUCAUUCUCGAGACCGACGUCCACUGCAUGCUCCUCGUCGCCUACCUCCGACGGCUCAAAAGCUCACAACAAGCCAUGGACGUCCACGCUUGGCCGUCUGGCAACGUGCAGAUUGAAGCGUGGGUGCAUGUCGCCGAGCGUCUUCCGAUCGAGCUAUGGGACGAUGCGCUCGCGUUCUUUGAGGCACGCGUCCACGCGAGCACGUCAUAG